GCCAAUGCUUGCUCUACCGAACCUGGUACGCUGAGAUCCCCACACACUAGGUAUAAGCAAGAGAAGAAGUCGAGCUGAGACAGAGCAAACGAUUCUCUUGAACUAGUAGACUAUUAGCUAGCUAGAGACAAUUGGAAAAGAAGCAAUGCAGAGGGUAGCAGGAAAGAUACUCGUCAACUCCCGCCCAUGGCGCCCACUGGGGACAUGUAGUCGACUAUUACAACUGGAACCACCACGGUCUUCUUUUUCUACGGCCACACCAUCAGAUUCCUCUUCCAACAACAAUGAUACUCAGCAGCAGCAGCAGCAAUCACAACAACAAUCCACUCAUUUUGGCUUUCAAGACGUUCGCCUGGAAGACAAGGAACACAUGGUGCGAGGCGUCUUUGACAGUGUGGCCGAAAGUUACGACGUCAUGAACGAUCUCAUGAGUGCUGGCAUUCACCGGGUCUGGAAAGAUACCUUUGUCGCCUGUACGCGCGUCGAAUCCUUGGCCAAGGCCAUUCGUUGCAAUGCCGAGGAAUUGACCAUUUUGGAUGUGGCCGGUGGUACGGGCGAUAUUGCCUUUCGCAUGGUGGACGCCAUGGGCUGUGAAGAACGCGCCAAAUCGUCCGGACGAGAUCCCGUCAGUGUCACGGUCUGUGAUAUCAACACGGAAAUGCUCCGGGUCGGACAACGACGCGCCCGAGAACGAUACGGAGCCGCACUCUUGGACGAGACCCAGGCAUUGUCCUUUCAAGAGGGCAAUGCUCAAUCCUUGACGCAAUUAGAAGACAAUUCAUUCGAUUUGUACACGAUUGCCUUUGGAUUGCGCAAUGUCACCGACGUCGAUGCGGCAUUGCGAGAAGCAAGGCGGGUCCUCAAACCGGGAGGACGGUUCAUGUGUUUGGAAUUCUCACAUUUGCCACAUCCCGUGUUGCAGUCCCUCUAUGAUGUAUACUCGUUCAAUGUCAUUCCAACUCUGGGAGAGGCCGUGGCCAAUGAUCGAGCUUCUUAUCAGUACUUGGUGGAGAGUAUUCGCAAAUUCUCGGAUCAAGAGACGUUGGUCAAGAGAAUGACAGAGGCGGGAAUGGAAGGAGCCAGAUAUACCAACUUGACCGGUGGGAUUGUGGCCAUUCAUGAGGGAUGGAAGCCGCUUGAGUAGACCAGGAACCAGAUUUGAUUCCAUUGGAUUCGUCCGAUGAGACUGCUCUUGAUCUAACGGGCUAGAGACCAUACCAAAAUAGAGUGGUUGAUUGUAAUCAAUCAUUCAACCCCAAGCAAUCAAUCAAGAUCUAGCUAGAAGCCCUGAUGCAGACAUACGGAAGAGUAGAGUAUAGAUCAACCCAAGUAUCUGGGGGGACGAGCAAUGCCUUCGUUACCACUAGCUAAACAUCAAAGUCACCAUUAUCCCCAGAAGAGUCCGUCGACACGCAGUUGCUUUCUACCUUUGCGCUGUGAUGCUGCUUUUCCCGAUA